CGGGCCCGCUCUGCUUCGGUCGGCUCCACCGGCUCUCUAUCACAAAUCGAAAGGAUCUUCCAUCCUUGUGUUUUGAUGAUCGAAAGAAAAGAAAUCAGGGCCAGAGAUAGGAGAGGUUCUUCCACCCCCACCAUGUUUUCUGUGACACUUUUACUAGGUAUUCUAUUCCCAAGGGCGCAGAGCCACUUUGUGGCUCAAUUCACCCUUCAAUGACCCUAGAAAAAUGUAGAGUUCUUUUCAAGAUGGAUCGUUCUUGGAUGUAUGGUCGUCGAGACACGACUGAAUUUUUCAUUGGUGCAAAUGGGUUCAUCAAAGCUGCCGUUACACACCAGAAACAACAAGGAUAUAAAGGAAUUUUAUGUCCUUGCUUAAGGUGCCGAAACUUGAGAAGAGAGAGUGACGUCAAUGUUAUACUUCAACAUCUAUUGAGCGAGGUUUUAGAGAAAAUUACACAAUUUGGACAUUACAUGGUGAGACUUGCCAGGAUGGUGAGAAUGUUGUUUCACGAGCUGCCGCUAAUAAUUUAAAGCGCAAAGCCCCUGAUACUACCACCGAGUUAAAUUGGAACAGUGGCAACAAUGGGGAUGAUGAUUUUAAUGAUGAUCAAAUGGAUGAUUUUUUGAAGGAUGUGCAUGAUAAUUUUGAACAACAACCAAAAUCAUAUGAAAGUAUGGUUGAUGCUGCCAGAAUACCUUUGUAUUCUACCUCUAGUUUUACCAAGCUGUCUGCGGUGUUGAAAUUGUUUCAUUUGAAAGCGAAACAUGGAUGGAGCAAUGUCAGUUUUACAGAGUUAUUGACAUUAAUUCAAGAGAUGUUGCCUGAAGGGAAUACACUUCCUGAUACAACGUAUAAGGCAAGAAAGUUAUUGUGUCCCAUGGGAGCUGAAUGGGAGAAAUUUCACGCUUGCCCCAAUGAUUGUGUGUUGUACCGGAAUGAGUACCAAAACCUUGAUGAAUGUCCAACGUGUCAUCUUUCUCGCUACAAGGCUAAAAGGAGUACCAAUAGUGCUAGUGACACUGAGAGUUCCAAAAUUCCUGCGAAAAUUCUGUGGUAUCUCCCCAUAAUUCCGAGAUUUAAAAGGUUAUUCAUGAAUGCAAAAGAUUCCAAACAUUUAGUUUGGCAUUCUCAAGGUAGAAAAAAAGAUGAGUACUUACGUCAUGUGUCUGAUUCUCCACAAUGGAGGCAAAUUGACUUGAAGUAAUUGUUAUUUUUUUUUACAUCUGAUGCUUAUUUCUUUAUGAAAUUGCUUCAUAUUUUUUACUUUAAUAAUUAUAUUAGGAACCACCUGCUAAGUCAAAAAAAAAAAGGAAUGACGCUAAGCAAAAAGUACCCUUUAUCUUGAGAGAUUCACCAAAAGUAACGGUUGAACCCAGCUCACAUUCAUUGGUCAGUGAAACUGUUCUUCAUUCACUUAGUGGUGAUCUUUUAAGAUUGCAUGAUAAUCUUGAGUGGUAUGAGCCCGAUCUUUGUAAGUUUAGUGUUCCUCUUCCUGCGGAGUUGUUCUGUUAUAUUGAUGAUAGCCAAUUUGGGAUCGUUGUUGACCGUCAAGACUUGAGUCAAUUUCUUGAGAGUGAUUCUAUUGAUAUGUCAAUUAUUCAGACCUUUAUGCUUUGCCUAAAUGCAAAAUUGGUUGAAUUUGGUCGUGAUGAUGUGGGUCUUUUAUGUCCUUUGAUUUGUUCUUUGAAGUAUUAUGAAUUGGAUAAAAAAGGCACACGGACUUAUUUGAAGCAUGCACUGAUUCAAAUGUUUGAAAAGAAUCUCAUUCUCUUGGCAUAUAAUGAAGGGUAUCAUUGGAUUUUAUUUGUAAUUUGUCCAAAGGUGGAUAAGGGCUAUAUAUUCAAUUCAUUGCCAAGUUCAUCCAAUUUUGUUAUUCAAGAUGAUCUUACGAUGAUGUAUAGAGUUGCUUCUACACAAAAAGGUCGUGGCAAAUCAAUCAAAUGGCAUAAUAUCAAGUGUGCAAGACAAACGGGCAAUACAGAAUGUGGGUAUUAUGUCAUGAAGUUUAUGUGGGAAGUAAUAACUUAUGCUGGAACUGCAGAUAUUGGGCAGGCUUGGAAUUCAAGAAGUGAACCAUAUACGACGGAGGAGUUUAAUGAUAUCAGAAAUGCAUGGGCUAGGUUUUUCGUAGAUGAAGUUAUGAAUAUGUAGUGGAAUUUUGAGUAUGAAUCAAACUUGAAUGUAAUUUAUUUCUACUGUGAUACAUAUUUGAACUACUUUUCUAAUCCAGGAUUUAUGAAUGAAUGUGUAGUUUUGGUUGGU